AUGGGCGAGCUCGACAUGGCGAAGUACUGCAAGCUCGAUGAGGUCAAGGAGAGCCUUGAGCGCAAGUGCAAGAUCGUCUGCACGAUGGGCCCGAACCAGUCCACUCCCGAGGCCAUUGUGGAGCUGCUGAAGGCUGGCAUGGACGUCGCGCGCAUGAACUUCUCACACGGCGACCACGAGACCCACGGCGCCAUGGUGGCGCGCAUCCGCGAGGCCUCCAAGAUCGCGGGGAAGCCCGUGGCGAUCGCCCUCGACACCAAGGGACCUGAGAUCCGCACCGGCUUCUUCAAGGAGGGUGGCAAGAUCAACCUCAAGAAGGGGCAGGACCUGAAGCUGGUGACCGACUACGACUUCAAGGGCGACAACACUUGUUUUGCGCUCAGCUACCCUAUGCUGUGCAAGUCUGUCAAGCCUGGCAACAUCAUCCUCUGCGCGGAUGGCUCCCUGUCGCUGAAGGUGAAGACUGUCGGCGAUGACCACGUCAUUACCGAGGUCAUGAACGACUGCUCCCUGGGCGAGCGCAAGAACUGCAACCUCCCGGGCAUCCAGGUCGAGCUGCCCGUCCUGCAGGAGAAGGACAUCAACGACCUCGUGAACUUCGGCAUCCCGCAGGGCGUCGACAUGGUCUUUGCGUCGUUCGUCCAGAGCGCCGCGGACGUGAAGUUCAUCAAGGACACCCUCGGCAUGAGGGGGCGCAGCAUCCACAUCAUCCCGAAGAUCGAGAACGAGGACGCGCCUUCCGAGCAUGGCUCGGUCGCAGGAGUACGGGCAUGA